UGUAGCAACCUUUUGUUCUGCAAUACGGCUUGCGAAAACGUUGCGAGUAUAAAUAGCCGAGGUUCCAGCGAGCUUGGAUCAGAACAGUAUCAAGUAAUAUCAGCGUAAAGAUGAAACCAGUCCAAGUCCUUGGCCUUUUGGUUAUCGUGGCAGUGUUCCUAGCCGCUCCAGCUAACGCCGGCGAACUGGUGAACCGGUUGAUCUCGGUCUGUACACACGAUCAGAAGCCCUCGGCGGAACUGCUUGAACGCUACAAGAAUGGAGACUUCCCGGACGAUCGCGAUAGCAAGUGUGUCAUGCGGUGCAUUGGCCUAAACCUCGGAGUGUACGAUGACAUCAAUGGGGUCCACAUGCACGAUACGUGGCAAAUGUUUCGCCAAGGUCGAGCUGCGACCGAGGAGAAGGCCUUCGCCGAUCAGCACAACAAGUGCAUCAAGCAGCAGACGAAGAACGUCCCGGCGGAUGACUACUGUGGACAGGUCUAUGCCGUGUUCCAGUGCUACAAGGACGAGUACCUUGCUCUGCUGACCAAUAUCCGGAAAGCCGCUGCCAAGGCUCAAGGUUAGGAAUAGACAGACAAUGUUCAUCUAGAAAUAAAUACCCAUGGUUAGCGCUUUCUGAUUCACCCUGGAAAGCAAAUGGUUUGGAAAACCCAUUCGACACGGAUUUGUUAUCAUUGUUUCGUCCGAUUAGCAUAUAGUAGCUUGCUCUGCCAAUAGAAACCGGCAGUCAAUUGUUAUGCAAUGAGCCAUGGUAAAUCAUCUUCCGUCAGACGCGUUGUAAGCAGCCGUCCCGUCAGUGAGUGAUACACAUCUUCGCAUGUCUUUGCCCAGUUAGUGAUCUGAAACGGUUCACUUUACACCGCU